AUGAGGCCAGACGGGGCGGCGGAGACGGGGGUGCGCAGGACGCGGAUUUGCAUUUCCGGCCGGCGCAGGGACCACUCAUUAUGGCUCCCAGUUUCCAAGCUGCAAGGGGCAGAGGGUGUCGGCCACGCCAUCGUCCUGCCCGUGAGGGCUGACAGUCUCGUGGCAGAGAUGGACACCACGGGCAUGGAGAGUACCAUCCUGGUGGAGCCAGCCUGCCAGGCAGAGGUGACUGAGACUGGGGACAUCCGCAUCUCCGUGGGGGCUGAGGCCCCCAGCGCGGUGGGUACCCAGCUUGACCCCAUCCACCUGUCCAUCUUCUCCCACCGCUUCAUGAGCAUCGCUGAGCAGAUGGGCCGCAUCCUGCAGCGCACGGCCAUCUCCACCAACAUCAAGGAGCGCCUGGACUUCUCCUGCGCCCUCUUUGGGCCCGACGGGGGGCUGGUCUCCAACGCCCCUCACAUCCCUGUGCACCUGGGUGCCAUGCAGGAGACGGUGCAGUUCCAGAUCCGGCACUUGGGGGCCGACCUCCAUCCCGGCGACGUGCUGCUGAGCAACCACCCCAGCGCGGGGGGCAGCCACCUGCCAGACCUGACCGUCAUCACACCGACGCGGCCUGUGUUCUACGUGGCCAGCCGCGGGCACCACGCGGACAUUGGGGGCAUCACACCGGGCUCCAUGCCCCCCCACUCCACCACCCUGCAGCAGGAGGGCGCCGUCUUUCUGUCCUUCAGACUCGUCCAGGCGGGUGUCUUCCAGGAGGAGGCGGUAACUGAAGCCCUGCGGGCACCAGGCAAGGUUCCGGGCUGCAGCGGAACGCGGAACCUGCAUGACAACCUGUCAGAUCUGCGCGCCCAGGUGGCGGCCAACCAGAAGGGCAUCCAGCUGGUGGGCGAGCUCAUUGGGCAGUAUGGCCUGGAUGUGGUGCAGGCCUACAUGGGCCAUAUUCAGGCAAACGCUGAGCUAGCUGUGCGAGACAUGCUUCGGGCCUUUGGAACCUCCCGGCAGGCCCGGGGCCUGCCCCUGGAGCUGUCUGCAGAGGACCACAUGGACGACGGUUCUCCCAUCCGACUCCGAGUGCAGAUCAACCUGAGUCAGGGCAGCGCGGUGUUCGAUUUCAGCGGCACGGGGCCCGAGGUGCUGGGCAACCUCAACGCGCCUCGCGCCGUCACGCUGUCUGCGCUCAUCUACUGCCUUCGCUGUCUGGUCGGCCGCGACAUCCCACUCAACCAGGGCUGCCUGGCACCGGUGCGUGUUGUGAUCCCUAAGGGCUCCAUCCUGGACCCGUCCCCAGAGGCGGCGGUGGUGGGCGGCAACGUGCUUACGUCGCAGCGGGUGGUGGACGUCAUCCUGGGGGCCUUCGGGGCCUGCGCCGCUUCCCAGGGCUGCAUGAACAACGUGACCUUGGGCAACGCCCACAUGGGCUACUACGAGACGGUGGCGGGCGGCGCGGGCGCGGGCCCCGGCUGGCAUGGGCGCAGCGGUGUGCACAGCCACAUGACCAACACGCGCAUCACCGACCCCGAGAUCCUGGAGAGCAGGUACCCAGUUAUCCUGCGCCGCUUCGAACUGAGACGGGGCUCUGGGGGGCGCGGCCGCUUCCGGGGCGGCGAUGGUGUUAUCCGCGAGCUGCUUUUUCGUGAGGAGGCGCUGCUGUCGGUGCUGACCGAGCGCCGCACCUUCCAGCCUUACGGCCUUAUGGGGGGUGAGCCCGGAACCCGUGGCCUAAACCUGCUGAUCCGGAAGGACGGCCGGACAGUGAAUCUGGGUGGGAAGACCUCGGUGCCUGUGUCCCCCGGGGAUGUGUUCUGUCUCCACACACCAGGCGGCGGGGGCUACGGGGACCCAGAGGACCCCGCCCCUCUGCCGGCGUCGCUCCUGCAGCCCCCAGCCUUCCCUGAGCGGGGCAGCGUCUAUGAGUACCGCAGGGCCCAGGAGACUGUGUGAGGGAGGGCCCCGUACAAUAAAGAUCCUUGAAGUCGUCCUGUUCCAGUGGCGGCUGGCCAGGCUCA